AUGUCAGGGACUGGUACCAAUUUAGGCAAGGGACACAACAGUAACAAUGACUCUUUCUCUAAUCCUAAAUCUCAGGAUGGUAAAGAAGCAGAGGAACUUUCUAGGCGUUGUAAGAAGGGUAAUGGGAAGGGGGUUGGUUGUUUCGAUGAAGCUCACGUGGCAGUUAGGGAGGAGGGAGUAGAUACUAAGGUUGAAGGCGUAACAUUUCAACCAUCGAUUUUAUUUGCUGAAGUUUCUCUUAGAGUAGAAUCUGAUUCUGUUGAUACUUUCUUCAAAAAUCAAUCUAAGAAAAUCAAUGUCAAAAGACCUCUGAUUACUAAGAGGGUGACUAAGUUGAGGAACAUUUAUAAGGUAUGA